CGAAAAUUGUGGGCGGGUGAGUGGCGGCUGGAGCUUCCGGAACCGGGGAGGCGUAUCGGCGCGUCAGAUGUUGGAGAGAGGACCUUCGGUUUUGGGAAACAGAACUGCCCUGUCCUAACCAUGGACCCUGAGGUGUCCCUGCUGCUACAGUGCCCCCCUGGCGGGUUGCCCGAGGAGCAAGUACGGGCUGAGCUGAGUCCAGCCUAUGACCGUCGCCCAUUGCCAGGAGGGGACAAGGCCAUCACUGCCAUCUGGGAGAGCCGGCUUCAGGCCCAGCCCUGGCUCUUUGAUGCCCCCAAGUUCCGCCUACACUCUGCCACCCUGGUGCCCACUGGCUCACCGGGGCCACAGCUGCUCCUGCACCUGGGCCUUACAUCCUAUCGAGACUUCCUGGGCACCAACUGGGCCAGCUCAGCUGCCUGGCUGCGACAGCAGGGGGCCACCGACUGGGGUGACAAGCAAGCCUACCUGGCGGACCCCUUGGGGGUGGGGGCUGCCCUGGCCACUGCUGAUGGCUUCCUUGUCUUUCUGCGCCGCUCUGGGCAGGUGGCUGAGGCACCUGGGCUGGUGGACGUGCCUGGUGGGCACCCUGAACCUAAGGCCCUGUGCCCAGGUGACAGCCCCCUGCACAAGGACCUCCCUGGGGAGCUGGUGGUACAUGAGCUCUUCUCCAGUGUCCUCCAGGAGAUCUGUGAUGAGGUGAACCUGCCGCUGCUCACCCUGAGCCGGCCGCUGCUAUUGGGCAUCGCCCGCAAUGAGACCAGUGCCGGCCGUGCCAGUGCUGAGUUCUACGUCCAAAGGUGCGGAGGUUGCAGGAGACUGAAAUGUGGCCCCAGCUCUGCCCAUCGGCCAAAGGCGCCAUCUUCCUCUACAGUCGGGUCCAGGGAAACUCCACCUGAGUUGCCGAGUCCCCAGCCCUGUCACCACCGCUCGAAAGACAAUAAAGGACUUUAUUCUUGGAUUCCGCUGACAUCUGCUGUUUCCGUGGGACAGGGAGGGGCCGCUGGGAGAGCCCUAGGUGGCCGACAGAGACAAGCGAAGGGCCUGGGGUGGGGGGUGGGGUGGUAAGGCCCAGCCUCGGUU